AUGUUGCGAGACGCAUAUUUCCUACCGCUUAACUAUGGAUAUAUCUUUGACGCCGAAGACCCACAUACACGUUCGCUAGCAAGCUCGCUUAUAUCUUCGGCGGAGAAAUGCGGCGCAACGUUUAUUUCUUGCCUCCCGCCUAAAACGGCGGGCCGCAAGAUUUACAUCCUCACUCCGGUGGUUGAAAAGACACUGAGCUCUUUCCCUCAGGUGACCCUCUUUUGGCUGGUUGAUCAAAUAAAUAACCUUGGCGGCUAUGCCGAUGCCUCUCCAUUGCAUGCUCCACGCGAUCCACAAUCGCCUCGAUGGAAAUUUCUUUGUGGACACGUUGCAACACUUUCCGGCUAUCGCGGGAGAGAUCUGACACUCGUCCGAGCCUUGCUUGCUGCUGCAGGUGCUGUCACAGAGGCGGAACUUGAUGUGGAACGCACGACGCUUCUUAUUGCGGAGCGGGAUACUGAUACGCAGCUGGAUCUGGAAAAUAUACACACCGCUCUUGCCUUAAACAUUCCCAUUCGCAACCGAAAGUGGCUAAUGGACCAGUUUGCGGCAGCCACAAGUGAGGUUUCUGCCCCGGAGACUAGAGGGGCCGAUAUGGCUGCAAAUGUACAUGCAGACACGGAGGCUCCAGAAAACCAGCAUCAAACCAGCAUUGGUGUGGACUUUUAUUGGCAGCAAAAUUUGGACACUCCUCUCCAAAGCCAUGUAGAAGAAAUUCAUUUGUUAAAUGAUCCCCUGGCUUCACUGGAUCAUACGCCAGCAGAAUUCCGUGGAGCCGCACUGCAAGAUCCCAACGCUGACUGCUUGACAGCCGAAAUACGCAAUACUACUUGUUGUGAAGAGAACGUGACCGCCGUUACUGAUGAGGACAAAGCACCCGAAUUUUCGCCAAAAAAGAAGAAAUUUUCCCCCAAAGUAGAGAAACCCCUGAAAGGCAGCAAUGCGGAUACGAUUAGCGAAUCUCCAAGGGGAAGAAGACGAAAGUCAACCUGCAAUGGGCCCUGCAUUUCUGUAACAGGAUUCAAGCUAUUGGCCUCUGAAAUUUAUUCCUGGGAAGCAAUGGGAGGAUCCAUCGCCGCUUCCAAAGGCGGUGGCGAGGAGCUUUUACCUGCAUGUACACACCUUUUCCUUCUUGCAGUUGCGAGAGGCGUUACCAUUGUAAGCAAAGAAUGGCUUUUGGAUUCCAUUGCUCUUGGGACUUUCGAGCUGGACGUGGAAAGCUAUGCGCUAAAGGAUUCAAUCGGCGAAGGGGCAUUUGGGUUCAUCCUUUCAGAAUCUUUAUCCAGGGCGCGAUCAUUUGUCGCAGAACAGGGCCUAUUUACAGGAAUCACAUUCAGGAUUUCUCAAUCGUGUGUACCUGGACCCUCGCUCUUGGUUCCGCUGAUACUUGAAUGCAAGGGAAGAAUUCUUGAAUGUGCAGAUGAAAAGGAACACUACUACAUCACAUGCUCUCCGCAGCAGGGACAUGGAAUCCAGCGUACGCCAGAUUGGGUGUUGAGGUCUGUGUUACAGCAAACAUUGCUAGAGCAAUGA